CUAGCAGUGGUAAAUAUAAUUUCUUGAGCUUCCAGGGCAUGUGUGGAAAGAAAAAAUAAGAAAUAAGAGAUUCAGACAUUUACAAGAAGAUGGAAAGGAAGAACCUGCAGCUGGGGGCAAACUAGAACAUCCUCUGAACCUGUCGGGGUCUGGAGGCUCUCCAGGCAUGGCCAGACACUCCGUCUUAUAUUUCAUCCUGCUGAGUGCUCUGAUUGACAAGGGCCAAGCCUGUUUCUGUGAUCAUUACCCAUGGACUCAGUGGUCAAGCUGCUCCAAAACCUGCAAUUCUGGAACCCAGACCAGACAGAGACAAAUCGUUGUGAAUCAGUACUAUCUGGAAAACUUUUGCGACCAGCUUUGCACCAAGCAGGAGACCAGAGAAUGUAAUUGGCAAACUUGUCCUAUCAAUUGCCUCCUGGGAGAUUACGGACCGUGGUCAGACUGUGACCCUUGUGUUGAAAAACAGUUUAAAGUUAGGUCCAUCUUGCGCCCCAGUCAGUUUGGAGGACAACCCUGUACUGAGCCCCUCAUGACCUUUCAACCAUGCAUCCCAUCUAAGCUCUGCAAAAUUGAAGAGAUUGACUGCAAGAAUAAGUUCCGCUGUGACAGUGGUCGCUGCAUUGCCAGCAAGUUGGAAUGCAAUGGAGAAAAUGAUUGUGGAGACAAUUCAGAUGAAAGGAAUUGUGGGAGAAAAAAAUCAGUAUGCUCACGGCAGUAUAAUCCCAUCCCUAGUGUACAGCUGAUGGGCGCUGGGUUUCACUUUCUGGCAGGAGAGCCCAGAGGAGAAGUCCUCGAUAACUCUUUCACUGGAGGAAUAUGUAAAACUGUCAAAAGCAGUAGAGCAAGUAACCCAUACCGUUUCCCGGCCAAUCUGGAAAAUGUCAACUUUGAGGUACAAACUGAAGAAGAUGAUUUGGAAACAGGUUUCUACGAGGAUUUAAUUUCUCUUGAAGUUAAUAAAGAUCAACAAGGUUUAGCUUUCAGCCAAGAGAAGAGCUCUUUUCAUGUACCAAUUUUUUAUUCCUCAAAGAGAAGCCAAAGCAGCACCCAAAAUUCUGCCUUCAAACAAGCCAUUCAAGCCUCCUACAAAAAGUAUUUUCUUCAGGGAGGAUACAUGCAAAGUAUAUACCCUAAAUCCUUAUGUUUAACGAAGGCAGAAGCCCAAAAUUGCAUCCGGGUUGAAACAAAGAAACGCUUCCUUUUUUUUAAGAAAACAAAAGUGGAAUACCGGUGCACCACUAACAAGCUGUCAGAGAAAUAUGGAGGUUCGUUUAUGCAGGGAUCAGAGAAAUCCAUAUCCCUGGUUCAAGGCGGGAGGAGUGAGUAUGCAGCGGCUUUGGCAUGGGAGAAAGGGAGCUCUGGUCCAGAAGAGAAGACAUUUUCUGAGUGGUUAGAAUCAGUGAAGGAAAAUCCUACUGUGAUUGACUUUAAGCUUGCUCCCAUCACAGACCUGGUAAGAAAUAUCCCCUGUGCGGUGACAAGACGGAACAACCUCAGGAGAGCUUAUCAAGAAUAUGCAGCCAAGUUUGACCCCUGCCAAUGUGCUCGAUGCCCUAAUAACGGCCACCCCACGCUCUCAGGGACCGAAUGUCUGUGCGUGUGCCAAAGUGGCACCUACGGUGAGAACUGUGAGAGGCACUCUCCGGAUUACAAAUCUAAUGCUGUAGACGGGAACUGGGGCUGCUGGUCUUCCUGGAGCACGUGUGAUGCUACUUACAAGAGAUCGAGAACCCGAGAAUGCAACCACCCUGCCCCCCAGCAAGGAGGGAAAAGCUGUGAGGGGGAGAGGCGGCAAGAGGAGCACUGCACAUUUUCCAUAAUGCAGAACGAUGGACAACCAUGCAUCAGUGAUGAUGAGGAAGUGAAAGAAAUAGACCUCCCUGAAUUAGAAUCAGAUUCAGGGUGUCCUCAACCAGUCCCUCCAGAAAAUGCAUUUAUCCGGAAUGAAAAGAAACUGUACUCCUUUGGGGAAGAAGUGGAAAUCAUAUGCCUUACUGGUUUCAAACCUGUUGGAUACCAGUACUUCAGCUGCUUACCAGACAGAACCUGGAGGCGAGGAGAUGUGGAAUGCCGACGGACAGAGUGCCUCAAGCCAGUGGUGCAGGAAGUACUGACACUGUCACCAUUUCAGACAUUAUAUAAAAUUGGUGAAUCCAUUGAGCUAACCUGCCCCAGAGGCUUUGUUGUUGCUGGGCCAUCAAGGUACACAUGCAGUGGGGAUUCCUGGACACCUCCCAUUUCAAGCUCACUCGCCUGUGAAAAAGAUACCUUGGCACGCUUAAAAGGUCACUGUCAACCAGGACAAAAACAGUUGGGAUCUGAAUGUGUUUGCAUGUCUCCAGAAGAAGACUGUGGCUUUUAUUCAGAAGAUAUCUGUGUGCUUGAUACAAGCUCCAGUCAUCACUUUACUUCAACCGCUUGUAAGUUUUUGGCCGAGAAAUGUUUGAACAAUCAGCAAUUCCAUUUUCUACAUAUUGGUUCAUGCCAAGAAGGUCCACAGCUAGAAUGGGGUCUUGAAAGGACAAAACUUUCAUCCAGUAGCACAAAGAAAGAAUCCUGUGGCUAUGACACCUGCUACGACUGGGAAAAAUGUUCAGCUGCCACCUCCAAGUGUGUCUGCCUAUUGCCCUCCCAGUGCUUCAAGAGUGGAAACCAGCUCUUCUGCGUCAAAAUGGGAUCAUCAAUGAGCGGGAGAACAGUGAACAUCUGUGAAGUAGGAGCUGUCAGGUGUGCCAACAGGAAAGUGGAAAUACUGCAUCCUGGGAGGUGUUAGACCUAACACAGUUACUGAUAAACAGAUUUACUGCCCCAAAAUAAUCCCUACAAAGGGACACUCUUGAACCAACAGCAGACUGGCAUAUCUAGGAGUUGCCAACAUAAAUCCUUUUGUGUUCGUUUCACAUUAUUGUUCUGCCUGCCUCCCGUGUCUUCUCCCCUGUCCAGUUCCCAUCCAUGAUGCUCUGUAGCAUACCCCUACCCCUAUGUAGCAUACCCCAUAACUUCCACAUCAAUCUAAUAAAUUCUUCUGUUCAUGUUGCACUAAAA